GGGAGCGGCGGGAGCGGACCAUGCCGUACCUCUUGAUCAGCACCCAGAUCCGCAUGGAGGUUGGCCCCACCAUGGUGGGGGAUGAGCACUCGGACCCCAGCCUGAUGAGCUUCCUGGGCGCCACGAAGAGGAACAUGCUGGGGAACAACUUCUCGGAGUACUACGUGCAGGAGGCGCCGCGGGUGGUGCUGGACAAGCUGGAGAGCUGCGGCUACCGCGUGGUGGCCAUGACCGGCGUGGGGCAGACCCUGGUGUGGUGCCUGCACAAGGAGUAGCAGCAAGCCUCCUGCCAACCUC